CUGUUCACCUAUCUCAAAACUUGCUCUCUGGCUUCCUGGCGCCCAGUUUCCCUUUCAGUCUGGUAACAUGAUGGCGGCGCCUCUUAUGGCAGACUCAACGCACCCCCGUCGUAGAAGGAAGAGCUACACUUUCUUCUGGUGCUCCUUGGGCAUCUAUGCUGAGGCCCUUCUGUUUCUGCUGUCUCAUUUAUCUGAUGCCUGUGAACUACCACCGCCAUUUGAAGCUAUGGAACUCAAGGGUACACCUAAACUCUAUUAUGCAGUUGGAGAGAAAAUAGAAUAUAAGUGUAAAAGAGGAUACCUAUAUCUGUCUCCAUACCUGAUGAUUGCUACCUGUGAGCCAAAUCAUACAUGGGUUCCUAUUUCAGAUGAUGGUUGUAUUAAAGUUCAAUGUACUAUGUUACAGGACCCUUCAUUUGGCAAAGUAUACUUCAUAGAUGGCAGUUUUUCAUUGGGUGCUCGAGCUAAAUUUACUUGUAUGGAAGGUUAUUACUUAGUUGGUAUGUCAGUUCUACACUGUGUGCUUAAAGGUGAUGAUGAAGCAUACUGGAAUGGCUAUCCCCCACAUUGUGAAAAGAUUUAUUGUUUACCACCUCCAAAAAUAAAAAAUGGAACACACACCCUUACUGAUAUAAAUGUAUUCAAAUACCAUGAAGCAGUAAGUUACAGUUGUGAUCCUAACCCAGGGCCAGAUCAGUUUUCCCUUGUUGGAACAAGCAUGAUAUUCUGUGCUGGCCAAAACACCUGGAGUAACAGCCCUCCAGAGUGUAAAGUGGUAAAAUGUCCAUUUCCAGUGCUACGAAAUGGAAGACAGAUAUCAGGAGCUGGAGAAAAUUUUUCCUAUCAAGCAACAGUGAUGUUUGAGUGUGUGCAAGGAUUUUACAUGGAAGGCAGUAGCAUGGUGGUCUGCAGUGCUAAUAACUCUUGGGAGCCAUCUAUCCCAAAAUGUCUUAAAGGUCCUAAGCCUACUCAUCCCACCAAGCCUCCAGUUUAUAAUUAUCCAGGAUAUCCUAGUCUCCGUGAAGGAAUAUUUAGCCAAGAAUUAGAUGCAUGGAUUAUUGCUUUGACUGUUAUUACUUCAAAAAUGUAUCUGCAGCAAGAUGAAAAUCUCAUGUGUGGAAGUCAUUACUGUUCCAUUUUUGAAAACUGGAUCUUCAAGUCUGGCAAAAGCAAAAUUAUAUAUUUGCAGGAGCUUCAUUUGUGCCCCUGCAGCUCACCAAGGGUUCUCAGUAUCCAGUGCCUGUGUACUAAGCAGGACGUUCUGCCUGUGACAUGGUAUGUGCAGGAAGAAGGCCACAUUUCCAAGCAGAUAUCAAACCUUGUCCAGUUGGAGCUCUUAUCCAUAUGCCUCACACUUUCACUGCACAUAAUGGCUGUGAAUUAAGCACAUCUGUGCUUUUCACACUCUCAAUCUGUCACCUGAAAUGCGUAAUAUUCUCUGAUUCAUGUACCUCUAAUGCCAAUGCAUGUCCUACCAGUCCUGUGAAGCUCUAACUCCUCAGGUUCUUUAUCUUUUAUUUGUUAGCCUUAAGUUAGCCACAUUUAAGAGUCUGUAUACAUGUGCCUAUAGGAGAUGUAACUUUUCAUAUCACUUGAAUGUAUUCAUAGGACUCAAAAAACAAAGUAAAACCUGUGUAACUAAUAGUACAUGAUGAUUUUUAUGUGAAAAUAAUUCUUGCUGCCUUUGCAAAUAUGAAGUAAGGCAGAUUAAGCAAAGUCAGGCCAGUGUUUCUCACCUGAGGCUGUCCACUAGCCUCCCCCAGGGUUCUUUACUUACACUUGAGUACCACCCCAGUGUGCUCUCCUGUUAUGAAUUUGAGUUCCAGCCUAAACACAGGAAGUUUUCAUUUUUCUGGUGAUUUUAAUUUGCAGCUGAGGUUGAGAACUUGUCUUAGUGAUUAGAGAACCCGACAGUUAACUCUCCAUAUAAAGAGGAUAAAAGCUUAAAGAAAAUCAUAGUUUAAUUCUGCCUAUUAAAAACCAAAAUUUCAAAGACUUGAACUUAAAGUUGUUCAUGGGUUGGGGAUGAAGCUCAGCAGAAAGUUUGCUCAGCAUGUAUAAGACCCUGAAUUCAUUCCUUAGCACUGGGAAGAAAAAAGUCGUAACAGAUUAUUAAUAUAACCUUGUUUGCUUAAAAGUCUUGAUGUCUGUCAA